AUGGUAAUAGUGUCUUUAAGUCGUUCAGCAACUUCAUUACAUUCAAUUUUGCUUGAUAGAACAAGAAAAGCUCAUAAGAAAAAUGUUAGAUUCUCAACUAACUUGACUUCAAUAAAAAAAUUCGAUAAAAAUGCAGAACCCAUAACAAUAUCAAAUGAAAAUUCUCCAUUAAAUUCUCCUGAUCUUAUAGCUUUAGAUUACGUUACGGAUGAUGCUGAUGACGAUGAUUUAUAUUGGUUUAAUAAUGGUGAAAUCUUACCAAAUUUAAUUGAUAUCGAAUCACAUUAUAGUAAGGAUAACCUUUUGUUAUUUAACUCAGAUUACGAUGACGAUGACGAGGAGGACAAUGAACAGUAUUCAAGUUCAGAAAACUUUAUCGUUAGCGACUUCAAUUGGGAUUUGGUCGAUUCAAAUUUCAAAAUGCUUAAUGGGAAUAUUAUCAAUAAUAAUAUUUACCUUCAAUCAAUUCAAUUGAUUGAAAAUGAAAUUGUUGGUUAUAUUGUAGUUGAUAAUUUAAAUUAUGAGAAAAAUAUUGAAGUUAAGAUAACUUUCAAUAAUUGGGAAAAUAUUCAUUACGUUAAUUCAGUAUAUUAUUCUUCAAUUAAUUCCAAAAAAGAUAAAUUUAGAUUUGUUAUCAGUCUAGAUAAAUUUAAAUUCUUCUUAAAAUUGAAGAAUAUCAUUCAAAAUAAUACUUUACAUCUACAAUUUUGUUGUCGAUAUGAUGUUAAUAAUGAGACCUACUACGAUAACAAUUUUUACAAUAAUUAUCAAUUAACUUUGAAGAGGAAGGACUUAUCAUUAGAAGGAAAGAAUAAGAAAAAGACAACGAUGUCAACUAAUACUUCAAAAACUGCGAAUGUAAAGAGAAUUUUCAAUAAUGAAACGGAUUAUUUCAAUACUUCACCAAUGAGGCAUCUUUAUCAUAAUAACCUUCUUCCAAAUUCCAAUAAUGAAUUCUUGAAUAAGAAAGCAUUAUCAACAACUGCUAUACCAACUCUAUCCUCGGCAGCUUCUUCAUCAUCUUCUUCAACAUCAUCAAUAUACUCCUUUGAUUCUGAAUCAUCGCUCAGUUCAUUGGAUGAUUUCAGUUAUGAAACUAACACUUAUUAUAAAUUUAAUCCAUUUAUUGCUGAUUUCCCUGCAUCAGCGACUUACAGCCAAAAUGAAAGUUCAAUCUAUACAAUCGAAGACGAUGUACAAAGCGAUUCAACUAUAAAAUUAAACAAUAAUAAUGAUAGUAAUACAAACACAAACACAACAAUUACUACUACUGACAAUAACAAUUCAAGUGACACAAUUUCUAAUACCUCUCAUACCACAAGUACCUUGAAUUUGAGUGAGAUGAAUUACAACACAUUAAUCCAGUCAUGCUGUUUUUACACAUCUACGAAUUUUUAA